CCAAGCCACCACCGACUGCUGUCACUAUUGCCAAGCCUAUUAAAAUAUUUUUUCCCAAGGACGAAAAAUUGUUAUCUCCCGUUGGCUUGGGGUCAGUUUUGGAAACAGAAGAACGGCGAGAGGAAGUAUGUGAACCAUUACCAUUCUCUCUCUCUGAAUCCUCAUCAUCGGAAAUGGUUGGUGUUGAAUAG